AUGUCGAUUCGCUUGCCGCCACUUGUGCCGCCGCCUGCGCCGCACUACUUGUCAAAUAGUACAUGUCUGUAUACAACAGACUUGUUGCGUGUAUCCUCGUCACAAAAACCGUCCAGGGGAACGCUUGAGCAUGUUACGAGGCCCAACAACUUGCCAAUACGGCAGAGCUUGACGCUGGACGACGUAGAGCGUCGCAUUCUGCAGCUGACGCCCAGUUUAUCAGAUGACACGAAGCGUCUCAUGGCAAAAGCCGAGUUUAGACGUCUUAAGCACUGCGAGACAGUGCGCCAGUCUCGCGUACGAAAAAAGAAUGAACGCAAAAGCUUGCGUCAGGUUAAUGCUGAGCUUGAACAGAAGCUCAAUAACGUGCUAGCGGUCUACAGAAGAAAACACGACUGGAUGCACUUUGACGAGCGCAGUGAACGUGACGUAUUAUUUAAGAAGUUUGUACACUCCAUUUAUGAAGUCCGUGGGCUUCGAAGAGAAAAUGCAGACCUAAAAGACCAAAUUUUUCUCAGCUAUGCUCUGAAUGAGCACUUGCAGCGUCUACAGGACGAUUUUCAGAUCCCCAAUCAAAUUGCUACGCGGACUUCCAUUGAAACAGUUCAUUUUCAAGAACUCACUGAGGCCCAAGCUCGAGACAUAAUGAUCGAGUCUCAUAAACAUGCAACAUCUUUUUUCGAGGCAAUGCAUGAGGUCGAAACGAAAGAAGAGGAAAAGACGAUGGGUUGGACGCAACACCAACGAAUAACAGCUGAUGGACGCGUGCAAUUCAAUUUUACAAAGCGAAUUGACACAAUUGGUACCGAGGAACUUGUCGAAAGAAGCUGGGAGAUGUAUCGCGACUUCAAUUUGUAUCACGGCAUUUAUUCGUCCGUUCAAAAACUCGAGAUCUUACAGAAAAUUAACGAAAAUACGCUACUUAUUCGAAGAGAUUUACAGGAAGGGAGCACAGCACCAGUUUUUCGUACUGUUUUUCUUCUUUUUCGCAUUCGACUGACUAGUGGCUAUCUCAUUUGCUUUCGGUCGCACAAUCCCAGUGUCUGUGUCGAGGAUGACGACGAUCCAAAUGUGCAAUGGAUGGAAAUAUUCUAUUGGCUCAUGGUUACGGAUCCACCAGUAGAGAAGAUACAACAGCGAUUAAUUGGUCCUUCGAGACCGUUGGUAAACGAAUGUGACGUUACAUUUGGGGGCAAUUUGCUUAAUAGUCGAAGUGCUCAACAUGCUACAAUUUGGAAGUAUCAGAUCGCAAUGGCGCUGCUGAGAUGGGAAAGCAACGCUGCCGCGCCUUUGUUUGCGCUAUUCGGAUAG